GUGGGAGGACUUUCUAAGCUCACAAUCAGUCGAGCUGCGCGGAAUACCAUUCUCACGCGAAAGAAACAAUACCUGUUGAAAAGCAGUGGAUAAACAGAUCAUUAAAUAUAAUUUAUUUCUUGUAAUAUUUUAAUUAAUUUAAAUUUAGUUUUUCCUAAGUAAAACAACAUACUAAAUUUUACUUGUAAAAGCUAAUAUCACGUGAUCCUAACAUUACAUCAACUUAAAUAUAUACAUAUGUAUAUAUUCCCAAGUUGUUGAGUAAACUCACGUUAUAAUCUACAUGUUCAGUGCCGAAACAGCUUUUAUAUAGAAAUAAAAAAUCAAUUUAUAUAAACUAAUUAUUUUACAUGUGUAACAGUUAUGACUGGUAAAAGCGAUGAAGAAUCAAUUCCAGCUAAAAAUAAUAACACAGAAGCAGAUUACUCUGAUCUUUAUCCAGGAAGAAAGAAUGCUUCUUCACCAGAAAGUUGGAUAAGCAAAAUUCCUUUCUUCAGAUCUGAGAGCUUUGACAAGAUUAAAUGUGAAACAAAUGUUUAUAGCUGUUUAAAAGACAGUCCUCUAAUCAAACUUAUGGUAGCAGCAUUAAAAAGUUCAGGAUGUGAAAUUGAUAUUGGUCGUCACAUUUCUUGUGAAAUAUGCGAUGAAAGGGUAACAGGUGGAUAUGAUCAAGCUUUAAAUCAGAUUAUAGUUUGUCAAAAUACUGCUACUAGUAAAAACAGAGUUCAAAGCACUUUGGGUCAUGAAAUGAUUCAUAUGUUUGAUUGCUGUCGUAAUAAUGUAGAAUUAAACAAUAUAAAGCAUUUAGCUUGCACAGAAAUAAGAGCAGCCAAUUUAUGUCAUUGCAGUUUUCUUGGUGCAUUUGCCAGACAAACUGCUUCACCAUUUAACAUCAAAAAAGCACAUCAGAGAUGUGUCCAGGAUAAAGCUGUUAGAUCAGUAGUUGCUAUAAAAAAUGUGUCACAAGAUGUAGCAAAAGAAGCUGUAAUGCAAGUUUUUGAUAAAUGUUAUAAUGAUUUAGAACCAGUUGGACGACGAAUUCGUAGAAAUUCUCUGGACAUGAAAAAAGCAUAUUUAGAAGGACCAUUAUAUGGGUAUACGGAGUAAUGUAUAUAAUUUAUGAAAAUAUGAAACACAAUCUUAUUUAAAAAUACUAUACAAUUUCGAAAAUGAGAAUAUUAAUGAACGUUAAUAAUGGGAUUAAUAAUAAGUGUACUUAUGAUGGCGUCCUGAAAUAUAUGUAAGUUCACACGGUUAUAUGGAAUAUAAAAAUUAUGGUAAUUUUUUAAAACUAUCUAAAUAGAAGAAAAAUAUGUUGCUAUAAAAUCCAUUGCAUAUGAUAUACAAGAACAUAAUAUAGACUACAAGAGUAUCGUUUUCAACUAUAGCAUACAAUAUUACAUUUAGAUCCAGCAGAAUCAUGGCAUUUAAAUGUACAAUUUUUAUUGUAUAAGUUUUAUUCUUAUUUUCGCGAAAAAGUAUAUCUAUAGAACAAAAUAAAGAGAUUUUUUUUCUGGUGUUAAUAAAUACGUGUUACACAGCGUUCAAUUAACGCUAUGUACGAUUUUUAAGACGCUUGUGACAACCUGACAUUGAUUUUAUACUAAAGUUUUUGUAAGAAACACUUGUUUCUUCGAAAAAAACGUAAACUUUUGUACAAAAUAUAUCUCUGUCAGGUUACCAGAAAUGUGUUAAAAAUCAUGCGGACAAUUAUGCUGAAAACCUUGUGUAUAUGACGUUUAUACAGGAUGUUCUAAAAGUAAUGUACACUGUGAAAAUUAUAAAUUUUAAGCGUUAAACGAAAUCAAACAGUCCUUUUCCACUUUGCAAUUCUGUUUUAGAUAUAUAACUAAUUAGAAAUUAAAAUAACCUUUGAUAUUAACUGCAAAAUGGUACAGGACCUUUCGAUUUCUUUUAACGUAGAGAAUUUGCGAUUUUUACGACAUAGACUACUUUUUGGAUACCCUGUGUAUAUAUAUAAAAAAAGCGAUCCACAUCGUAAAAACCGCAAAUUAUGUAUAUAUAUGCUUAAUCGAGAGAUAAAUGAACACGCAUGUCACUAGCUGCUAAUUUAAUAAGUGUUUUUUUUACUCUAAGAACAGGUAAACGCGCUGCAGCUUUCCCAUGCCAACAUUCUUUCAUUAAUUUUCCCAAACCGGCCAGUGUCUGUGAAAUAAAAAUAAUUUAAUAACUAGUAUGUUACAGCUAACAGAAUAUUCAAAAAUAUGUUUUAUAAUUACCGAAUCAGAGUGCCAUCUAUUAGGAAGUGGUGGUCUAUGUUGAUCCAAACACACUAGUUUUCUCAUUUCUUCAAAAGAAGGUUCUUGAUUAUUAGAAAGCCAUUCUGAAUAUGGUGCAACAUAUUCUAGUCCAACACCAUUGCUUAUACAUCUUCGACAAACUUCCCAUAGUAUUAAACCUAAACUGUAAAUAUCUGCCCGUCUAAAAUUCUCUAAACAUUCCGUGUUUAUCCUGAAAUUAUUUCAAACUAUAUUUUCCAAUUUUGCUCGGUGCCACUACAUAUAACUUUCAAAGGUUGUUCUGUUACAUACGUUUGCUCAAGAAUUUCCGGACUCAUGUAUCGUUUUGUGCCUUGUUUCAAAUCAAUUCUAUCUGUAGAUAGGCGAUCUUGCGUUACUGCUAACGCAAAAUCAGCAAUUACACAACUCCCAUUAGUUUUAACAAGAAUAUUUUUAGAUUUCAGAUUACGGUGUGCCAUAGCUGGUUUUCCUCUAGUACCAUGAAUUUCUGUAUGAAGAUACAGCAAACCAUUGACAAUACUCAAGCAGAUGCUGAACGUUUGAUUAUGCGUCAAAGAAUGUCGUGAUCGAUUUAAGUAAUCAAAAAGUGAUCCCAUUGGAUGAUAAUGAGUUACCAGCCAAAGUUGGGUGCAACUCGCUCUACUUGUCAUGUCGCUUCCCACAUAUCCAAGAAUAUUAUCGUGUCUUGACGGUAAGAGCUGAGAAUAAACUUCCGUUUCACGAGCCCAGGCUGCUUCAUCUCGUGAAAAAUAUAUUUUUACAGCAACAUUUUCACCAUGCCAUAUUCCUCUCCAAACUUCUCCACCAAAUCCACCAUUGCUGCCACUACCAAGACACUCUACUAAUGUUACUUGUUUAGCCAAAGUUCUUUGAACUAAUAAUGGUAAACCGGAACCUGAACCACUUGUUAAACUUCUUCCAUCUAAAUAUUCCUGUUUUAAUAGAACAUUCCAAGUAAGCAUUAUGAGUUGAAAAUUGACAAAAUGUAUCAUUUUAUUUUAUACCUUCAAUGUACUGUCACCAGCUGCUGUUGCUCUAAGCUCAUGGGAAUGAUUCAUGGUAGUAGAUGUUGGAGAGGAAAAUGAGAAAUGUAAAAUAGAUGGUUCCAUUUCAGAA